AUGGACUUCGACGCUAUCCUAGAGGACGUUGGUACCUUCGGGAGGUACCAGAAGCUGGUGAUCUACUUCGUCCUGCUGCCGGCGGUGAUCCCGUGCGGGUUCCAUGCGUACGCGCAGCUGUUCAUGGCGGCCGACGUACAGCAUUGGUGUAAAGUGCCCGAGUUGGAGCAUUUGACGGAUUUGCAGCUUGUCAAGAAUCUAAGCAUACCCCUGGAGCUUAAGAACGGAGAGCCCUUCUUCUCCAAAUGCACCAAAUACAAUUUGAACUACAGUGAGAUUCUCAAGAGUUACCAGGAAGACUCCACCAGAAAGCAUGCUGAAGUGGUACCUUGCACCGACGGCUGGACCUAUGAUCGCAGUGUUUAUAAGAAUACUAUAGUAUCUGAGUGGAACCUAGUAUGCAACAAAGACUUCUACCCAACCCUGGGGCUGAUCCUUCUCGGCGUUGGCGGCAUCAUCGGCAAUUACAUCUUCGGCUACCUUCAGGACAGCAUUGGAAGGAAGCCCUCGUUCUUCAUCUACCUCCUGAUAGAAUGCAUCUUCGGAGUCGCUACUGCCUUCGCUCAGAACUACGUGCUGUGGAUCAUCUUCAGGUUUGGAGUCGGGUUCACUGUCCCGGCUAUUAUGGCUACUCCAUACGUUCUGGCAAUAGAAUUGGUCGGGCCCCGCUGCAGAACGCUCUGCACCAUACUAUCCAACAUCGCUUACUCUCUAGGCCUGAUUUUCCUCUCUGGAGUGGUCUACUUGGUGCGAGACUGGCGCCAUCUUGCUUUGGCCACAACACUGCCGUUCAUCUGCUUCUUUCUGUAUCUGUGGCCGAUGCCGGAGAGCCCAAGAUGGCUGCUGGCUAGAGGGAGGUUCGAGGAGGCUGAAGUGAUUUUGAAGAAUAUGGCCAGAAUAAACGGCAAAUCCCUACCAGCCAACUACAUGGUCCAACUCCGGCGCAAAUACGAAUCGGACAAACUCCAACAAGACCUGGAAAAAGAGAAGUCUCGGCAGUACGGGAUCUUGGACCUGUUCCGGACUCCGAACCUUCGGAAGAAGACCAUCAUAAUCACGUUUAUUUGGUUCACAAACACGAGUGUAUACGUUGGACUGUCGUAUUAUGCUCCAGUGCUGGGUGGUGAUGAGUUUCUGAACUUCUUUUUGGCGGGAGUGGUGGAACUGCCGACGUAUUUGUUCCUCUGGCCGUCGAUGGAGAGGCUCGGGAGAAGGUGGACCUUGUGCAUGAGCAUGGUUGUCGGCGGAGUGGCCUGUCUGACCACGUUCUUGGUGCAGCACGAAAGCAACGUAACACUAGCCUUAUACUGUGUUGGCAAGAUGGGGAUAUCCUCCUCAUUCGUGGUGCUUCCCCUGAUGGCGUCGGAGCUGUACCCCACCGUGGUCAGGGGUCUGGGAAUGAGUCUCAGCUCUGUGCUUGGCAUGCUCGGCCCGAUAUUUAUACCUCUCGUCAAUUAUCUGGGCUCAGACAUCUUGGUUUUGCCGCUCAUCAUCAUGGGCGCUUUGUUGGUAGCUGGUGGGAUCGCCAGUUUACUUUUACCAGAAACUUUGAAUCAGCAUCUACCACAGACCCUUGAAGACGGAGAGAAGAUGGGCCUUGACACAGAUUUCUGCUGCAACCCGCCAGUGAAGGAGACUACUCAGAAAAAAUCAAUUAAAAUUAAAGAAAAUAAAGAUCAAGCUGAUUGUAAAAAUUGUAACGGUUUGUGCACUUGUCAAAUGGUAAAUGUACCUUUGGUCGAUAGUGUUGGCGUAUUUGAAAAAGAUCUAAAUAUAGGUGAAAGUAAAGUAGAAAUUGUUACUUUGAAAUAA